GUCCCUCUAUUGAUGUGCAUGUGCCUUGCAUGUGGGUCGCAAAUGGUCGGAAGUUCCGAAAUCCUCUUCUUCCCUCGACCUUCACCAUCUUCUCCCAGCUUUUCGCUCGCCUGCCAAAAAAAUAGGAAAAGUCGAUAAGCUAAUCAUCUCCCAAGUACAUAUUUGCAUAUUAUAUUUUAACUACUCAAUAUUAUUAUUGAAAUCUGCUUCUUUUAGCUUUUAACUUGCAUCCUAAUUAGCCAGCUAUUCGUCCCCUCGUUCUCCAUCGUCUCCUCCUCUCCUUCCCAACUGCGCCGUCUUUUCCUUUUUUGCUGCCACAAUUUCGUCGUCGUCCUUGCUUAUCGGCAGGCUUAUCAUCGUCAUCAUUACCGAGUUUUAAUAGCAAAAAAGUGAGACAAAAUAAUCCCGACACAAAAUUUUUUGGGACCAACCAAAAAACAAAAACAUUGCUGAAAAAAACAAAUCAUUAUUUCGUUCUAACUUUUCUACUCGUUUGUACUUUCGCCUCGUCCGAAAAUAAGUACAAAAAUAGAGAAGGUGGGGGGAGUGAAAUUUUGAAAAAUUCGUCGGAUUUUCAUCAAAGUUUCAAUUCAAAGAUGGUUUGGUUUCCGGAAGCAAGUGAUAAGAAGGAUACGAUGUCUGCCGGUGAAGUUCCUUCGGGUCAACUUGUCUCCGCAUCCGCGACGACAUAUUUGGAACACAUGUGUGCGCUGGAUAUCGACUCGAAAGCACCCCGUCACCGCCUGACCGGCAUUAUUUGCACGAUUGGACCGGUCUCCAGGUCGCCGGAAAUGUUGGAGAAGAUGAUGGACACGGGGAUGAAUAUCGCGCGGAUGAACUUUUCCCACGGGUCGCACGAAUAUCAUGGCGGCACCAUCGACAACGUGCGCAUCGCGGCGGAAACCUACUCCAAAAAGGUGGGAACUUCCUUCCCCGUCGCCAUCGCGUUGGACACGAAGGGCCCAGAAAUCAGGACGGGUCUUCUCGAAGGGGGAGCAUCCGCUGAAGUGGAAAUGGUUCGCGGUGGGGAGGUCAAGGUCACGACGGACACCGCCUUUGGUGAACAAGGGAGCGAAAAGUUGAUCUUUGUCGACUACCCGAACAUCACAAAGGUCGUGAAGCCAGGAAACUGCAUCUUUGUGGAUGACGGCCUUAUCUCACUUGUCGUGAAGGAAGUCGGUGCUGACUUUUUACUUUGUACGAUUGAAAACGGUGGAAAAUUGGGAUCCCGGAAAGGCGUAAAUCUUCCCGGCGUGCCCGUCGACCUUCCCGCCGUCUCGGAAAAGGAUAAGAGCGACCUCCUCUUCGGCGUAGAGAAGGGUGUCGACAUGAUUUUCGCUUCAUUCAUCCGUGACGCGGCCGGCGUGAAAGAAAUCCGCAACAUUCUCGGCGAGAAGGGAAAAAACAUCAUGAUCAUUUCGAAAAUCGAGAAUCAUCAAGGUGUAAAAAAUCUGGAUGACAUUAUUUCCGCCUCGGACGGCAUCAUGGUCGCGAGAGGCGAUCUCGGGAUUGAAAUUCCUCCAGAAAAAGUUUUCCUCGCGCAGAAAGCAAUGAUUGCAAAGUGCAACAAGGCCGGAAAACCCGUCAUCUGCGCGACUCAGAUGCUGGAAUCGAUGGUGACGAAGCCACGCCCAACGCGAGCGGAGGGAUCCGACGUCGCCAACGCGGUCCUCGAUGGCGCCGACUGUGUGAUGUUGUCCGGCGAAACGGCCAAAGGCGACUAUCCGCUCGAAUGUGUUAAAACUAUGGCGAAUAUUUGCAAAGAGGCGGAAGCUGCGGUUUGGCAUAGACAACUCUUUGCGGAUUUGAUAAUCAAGGUGGGCGAACCUCUCGACACGGCGCACACGAUUGCCAUCGCUGCCGUCGAGGCAUCGCACAAAUGCCGUGCCGCUGCUUUCGUGGUUAUCACAACGUCUGGGCGAUCGGCCCACCUCAUCUCAAAGUAUAGGCCGCGCUGCCCCAUCAUCGCGGUGACACGGUACUCCCAAGUGGCACGCCAGUGUCACCUUUAUCGUGGAAUUCUCCCAAUCCAUUACACAGUGAAUGCACUUCUUGGUGGCACAGAUACGAGCGUGAUUGAAGACUGGAUGCUUGACGUCGACUCAAGGGUCCAAUUUGGCGUCAAUUUCGCCAAAGGGAGAGGAAUGGUCAAGUCUGGCGAUCCCAUCAUUAUCGUCACCGGAUGGCAGAAAGGUUCCGGAUUCACCAACACGAUGCGAAUCGUCUACGCCAACGGAACUCCAAAAUAAUUGAACUUCAAUAAUCAAUCAAAAUAUAUAUGCAAACUGAAUCAGACAGCCUUAUUAAUUUUUAGCUAUAGCACAAUUUAAUUAAUUUAAUUGUAAUUAGUUAAUUCAUUAGUUAGAUUUUGUCUUCCUUUAAGUUCCGGGUGGGAGGAAAAUAAUGUAAUAAAAUCAGUUGCCUAUUAAUUUUAAGUAUUAUACUUUUAACUCGCCUAUUUAAAUAUUAGUUGAUAACAUGUUAUCCAAAAUUAUUCAGGGUUGUCCCGAGUUCAAAAAUGAUAAAUAACUGAGCCAAAAUCUUACCAAAAAUGUUCACACAUUAAAAAAAGAAAUAAAAAAUGUAGUAAUUUGUAGCACAAGGAGGAGAACAGAAGAACAUGUGCGGGUUUUUGAGACAAUGUAAAAAAAACUAGACAAAAUUAUUUCCGUAGUCUUUCCUCCUCUUUUUAGCUCAAUUUUGAAAGAAAAAAAUCAUAUUUUAUUCUGUAAUCAAAUCGUCGACCUAAAAGUUAAAUGUCUACUGUGAUGUCGAUAUCAAAAAUGUCACGCAAAAAAACACGAGCAAUGCAGAACAAUAAAUGAAUAAUUAAAUGUUUAA